AUGGACGUCUGGCCAGAAUUUGAGGUUGGUGCGAAUUAUUCUGUGCCACCAGACUUCGAUCCAGUCUCACAGCCGAUCUGGUACUUGCUCAAAAAUGGCACUGUCGACUAUCCCUUCAAUUUCGACCGAAUCGACCGCGAGCUGUUCUAUUCCACGCAGUGGAGCGUUGUCCACGGUUGUACUAUCGGAGCCGCAGUGAUGACCUUGCUACAUGUUCUCGCUCUCACCCCACUCACAAAACGUCGCACACUGAUCUUCUGGCUCAAUGUUGUUGGUCUCGGCCAGGUUAUUGCUAGAGGUGUUGUUGCCUCGCUCUACUUCACCCGAGACAGAUUCGAAACCUUCUAUGUUGUCCUUGCCGGUGACUCGGCGAGCGUGCCUCCUCUACAUCGCUUUCAUUCAACCCUAUCCGUGAUUCUCAGCCUUACGAUGAUCGCCACUGUUGAGGUCAUUUUCUUCGUUCAAGGCCGGGCGAUCCUAUCAUCGUUGCCGCGGCCGAUGUACUUUGUCCUCCUCACAGCCUUGAUCUUGUUCGGUGUGGUAGCGAUGACCGCGCGGCUCAUCUAUGCAGUCUACAACAUCCAGGAUAUCUGGGUCUGGAAUCGCGUCCAACGAGAUAUCUCUCCAAUCCCUCACUGGGUUGAACCAGCUACGCUGGGAUGCUACGUCGUCACCAUCGGCUCAUGGUCGUUUGUCUGGACCUGUUUCAUAGGAAGACAGAUAUUCCUCCGCUGGAGAAUGAACAUCAUGCGUGGUAAAAGCUUUGGCGCCAUGAACGUUCUGUUCCUUGCUGGGAUCCAGUCUAUGAUUCUGCCGAUCUUCUUUCUGAUCAUGCAGUUCGUACCGGAACAACACAGUUUCAUCGGUGCCGCGUAUAUUGUGAUUCCAUCCGUCCUCUGCUUGAUGCCCUUCUCAUGCCUCUGGGCUGGAACAAUCUCAUCAGCAAACGGACAAGGGUGCGAUGAGACAAAUCGUACACCACACUCCCUUGGUCUCUCUUCGAAACUCCCGUUUGCAAAGAUUUCGUCUUCGGCAAAAUCCCAUUCGACGAACAAUACCACUAGAAAUCUCAGCCGAGCCUCCGCGACCAGCCAGCACCGGCGUGUCAAGCCCGUGAAGUCUGCGCGACCGACAACCAACAAUCACGUGGACAAACUCUAUCCCGAACUGCGAGACGAUGAUCAAAUCGCUGUCACACAAACCUACACCGUACACACAGAUGGCUCAAGUCGCAAUGACUCUGCUGUCUGA